CACAGUCAGUCUGCAGCAAGACAUCAUGGAGGUCAGAGACCUCUGCUUUAGACUGUUGAUGACUGUCAUCAUCCUCCUGUGUACACAUGAUCAGAAAGUUGAUGCAGUUUCUCUUCGUAUUGUUUCAAACAAAUCCCAGUUUUUUGAAUAUGAGUCAGUUAGUUUUUACUGUGAGGAGCCUUCUCAUGGACAUGUGUUAUAUAAGAUGAAAGAGGAAGUAGAGCAAUGCAACAAAACCAGCAAGAAAACAGCAGCUACAACAACAGGUUCAAAGUGCACCAUUCGUCCUAUUUAUGCACGUGACAGUGGAGAAUACUGGUGUGGGACAGCAGGAGGGCAGAGAAGCAACAUUAUCUACAUCACAGUCAGUGCUGGUUCUGUGAUCCUGGAGAUUCCUGCUGUUCCUGUGAUGGAGGGAGAAGCUGUGACUCUGAGCUGCAGAAACAAGAUGCUUUCCUCCAGUUUCGCAGCUGAUUUCUAUAAAUAUGGGCGACACAUAAGGAGCAGCUCAAAAGGAAACAUGACCAUCCACAGAGUUUCCAAAUUUGAUGAAGGACUUUACAAGUGCAAGAUCUCAGGAGGUGGAGAAUCACCAGAGAGCUGGAUGACUGUGUCUCUGCCAUGUCUCACAGGGUCAGGGGAAGGAGGUGGGAAAAGGGAGAUGGUUGACCAAUCAAAGCUGAGAGCUUUCUACACCAUCACAGCUAUCACCUGUGCUGUGUGGCUAUGGGUUGUUGGCUUUCUUAUAUCAAAUGCUCUCAAGGACUCACUUCUGCUGAGCAGCACUGGCAAGUGUUCGAUGUUGAUGUACAUGGCCUGGUUUAACUUGCCCAACUGCUUGUCUCUGGACUCCCCGGGAACCUACGCCAGGAUCAUGUUUGUGGACUUCAGCUCUGCUCCCCUCAGGCAGGAGGCUUCGGUCCAUUCGGAGCAGAACCUCUUGCCAUAA